CCACCACCCCCAAACUUCGACUUCAAGACUGAAUUUUUCAGCGCUUCUCGGGAUGCUAUUGAAGAAAGUCAUCCAGAAUUGCUUGAUUUGGCCGAUAGUGGAACUCUGUUUCUGAUAAAGAAGAGCCAAUAUGGACCUGUUCCAACAUGGAGAAGCGAAUUUGUGGAACCAGAAGCCAUUUGGCUAAUUGGAACAAACCAUCUUUCUUUGGAAUCGGCCGUGGAUGUUGAAAGGGUCAUUCGUGCUAUUAGGCCUGAGAAUGUGGUUGUAGAGCUCUGCAGAAGCAGGGCUGGCAUCAUGUACAUUUCCGAGGAUAAUGAUCUCAAUCAGCCUUUAAAAUCAAACAUGUUUUCUUUGAGUGGGACUGGAUUUUUUGGUGCUGUUGGUCGUAGCAUAAACUUGGGAGGUCAAACUGCUCUAGCGUUACGAGUCUUGCUGGCGCUUUUCUCUUCAAAAAUGUCUUCAGGUGUUAAUCGUCCUUUUGGAGAUGAGUUCCGCGCUGCACGAAAGGCUGCUGAGGACAUUGGUGCUCAAAUAGUAUUGGGGGAUCGACCAAUAGAAAUAACUCUUGAACGAGCAUGGACUUCGCUAAAGUGGAAUGAGAAGAUGAACUUGAUGGUCUCUGUCUUUAGCGGAAUUACCUCAUCUGCUGAACUAUCAACGAAGGCAUUAAAGGAAUCAAAUUCUGAUGAUAGCAAUUUUCAACUGUAUGAGAAGCUAAGCUUUACAUAUCCAUCUCUUCUACAGCCACUCCUACAUGAACGUGACACGUUUCUUGCAUGGUCUCUGAAAAGGAGUAAAGCAGUGAACAAGAGUAAGCAAGUGGUAGGAAUAAUUGGGAAGGGCCACAUGAAUGGAGUUAUAUAUUCUUUGGUGUCUGAUCAAGGAAACUUGCGUUUUCGAGAUCUAGCUGGGAACAAACCUUCAAAGGACCUCUCUGGCCGGGCUACUACUAUAUUUGGAAACUUGCUAAGAGACACUGCAAUUGGUUUCCUACUAUGGCUAUUAUAUGAACAAAUAACCAGUGGAUUGAAACUUAUUGAUUAAAAACUCUACUACCAACUUCCAGGCUUCUUGUUCGAUCCAGAAAGACUCGACUCAAUUUACACAGAUGGAUACUUGUAUCUGCACAGCCAUUAAGAAACAAAGAGCGACUCCAUUUUUGUGAACUAUUUCUCAAGCAAGGUAGCAGAGUGAUCGAAGAGUUGUGAGGAAUGGAAUAGUUAACAUCUCUCAUUUUAAGCUUCGAUGGUAAUAUAAUAUCUUUUCAAGAAAUGUGCUUAUAGUCUUCACAUAGUUAAAGAAGAUGAGCUACAAUAUAUGUUCUAGUGGAAAUCCUUCUAUAUUAGGAAAGCUCUACAAUAUGUGUUCUACUGGAAAUCCUUCUACAUUGGGAAAGUUCACUGGUGCUGGUUGGGUUGUUUAUCAGUGUUUGGUCACAAGAAUAGUGAUUGAUCUGAAAAAUA